AUGGCAUCGUCGCUCCUCCCGGCGUUCACGGUGCGGCGGGGCGAGCCGGUGCUGGUGGCCCCGGCGGAGCAGACGCCGCGGGAGACCAAGACGCUGUCCGACAUCGACGACGGCGAGGGCAUGCGGUUCUACAGCUCGGGCAUCCACCUGUACCGCGCCAACCCGGACAAGCAGGGGGUCGACCCGGCCGCCGUCAUCAGGGAGGCGCUGGCCAGGGCGCUCGUGCCCUACUACCCGCUCGCCGGCCGCCUCCGCGAGGAGGCCGGGAGGAAGCUCGUCGUCGACUGCGAGGCGCAGGGCGUCAUGUUCGUGGAGGCCGACGUGGACCUCACCGCCGCUGACUUCGGGGACGUGCAGAGCCCCCCGUUCCCUUGCUUCGAGCAGUUCAUCCUCGAGAGCACCACCGUCGCCGGCGUCGAGCCCGUCAUCGACCGCCCCUUGCUCUACAUCCAGGUGACGAGGCUCAAGUGCGGGGGCUUCAUCUUCGGGCAGCGAUUCUGCCACUGCGUGGUGGACGCGCCGGCCGGGAUGCAGUUCGAGAAGGCCGUCUGCGAGCUGGCGUGCGGCGCCGCCGCGCCGUCGAUCACGCCGUCAUGGGGCAGGGAGAUGUUCAUGGCGAGGCAGCCGCCGCAGCCGUCGUACCCGCACCUAGAGUACAGCGAGCCGGCGGGCGGGGCGGUCGACCGGAUGCUGACGACUCCUCCCGGCGACGUCGCGCGCGUGCCCUUCUUCUUCGGGCCACGCGAGAUCGCGGGGCUGCGGCAGCGCGCGCCGCCGCACAUGAGCCGGAGCUCCCGGUUCGAGCUGGUGGCGGCGUGCAUCUGGCUCGGCCGCACGGCGGCGCUCGGCUACGGCGCCGACGAGGAGGUGCGGCUGUCCUUCAUCGUGAACGCGCGCGGCCGCCGCGACGUGCCGCUCCCGGAGGGCUUCUACGGGAACGCGUUCGCCUACUCCGUGGCGGCGACCACAGCCGGGGAGCUCUGCACCGGCGGGCUGGGGUACGCGCUGGAGCUGGUGAAGAAGGCCAAGGGCGGCGAGGGGCCGAUCCCCGGCGUGACCAACUACUUCUCCAGGUCCAAGAACGGCAAGGGGGAGGAGGGCACCGUGGUGCCCAUCAGCCUGCCCAAGGACGCCAUGGAGAAGUUCCAGCUCGAGGUGGAAUGUCUCACCGCCGAGAUCUAG